AUCUCAAAGGCUCAAAUAUAGAGCGAGCUGAGUAUAUAUUUUAGCAGUAGAGAAUUUAAGUACCUUAGAUUAAUAUUUUCUUCCAAAUAACAUAAGAAUAAUAAUGGUCGUGUCAUCUUCAGAAGAGAUGAGCUUCGUUCUGAUCCCUCUAAUGGCCCCCGGCCACACCAUUCCCAUGGUGGACAUGGCCAAGCUCUUCGCUCUCCGCCGCGUCAACACCAUCAUACUCCUCACCUCCCAAAACGCCGCCCGGUUCAAACCGGCGAUAGACCGCGUGGCCCGAUCCGGCCUCCCCAUCCGCAUCCGCCAGCUCCGGUUCCCGGCAGCCGAGGCCGGGCUGCCGGAGGGUUGCGAGAGCUAUGAUCUCCUGCCGUCUUACUCCUUAACCGGAAACUUCUCGGCCGCCAUCAACCUGCUCCACGAACAGGCCGAAAAGAUUCUCCGAGAGAUUACCCCCACACCCGACUGUAUCAUCUCCGACAAACACAUCCCUUGGACCGCCGACAUCGCCGACAAACUCGGCGUUCCGAGGAUUUUGUUCGACGGCAUGAGCUGCUUCACUCAGGUGUGUCUUCAUAACUUGUACGGUCUCAUGGCUCGCCAGGGGAUCCCGGAGACGGCGCCGUUUGAGAUUCCCGACAUGCCGGAUAAGAUCCAAGUCACCAAAUCUCAGCUUCCUGGAGAUUUCAAUCCAAGUUCGAUAGAUCACACGAAAGAAUUACGAGAAUUACGAGAAUUAAUAAGAGUGACUGAGGGUAGGGCCCACGGGUAUGUCAUAAACAGUUUUGAGGAGCUGGAAAAAACGUACGUUGACCAGUUUCGACAACUUAAAGGCGGCAAAGUUUGGUGCCUUGGGCCCAUGUCGUUGUGCAACAAGGACGUCGAAGACAUGGCAGAGAGAUGUGGCAGCGCGGUGGCUCCGGCCGGCGGAGAAGAUGGUCUAGAAUGGCUCGAGUCUUGGCCGGCCAAGACUGUGGUUUACGCCUGCCUUGGCAGCCUGGCUCGAGCUGCUCUUGGACAGUUCAUUGAACUUGCUUUGGGUCUUGAGGCAUCUAAUUGUCCAUUCAUUUUGGUAGUCAAAGCAGGUGAGGGAGAAGCACAGGUAGAGGCAUGGAUAUCUGAGAACGGAUAUGAGGAGAGAGUGAAAGAGAGGGCACUGUUGAUCCGGGGAUGGGUCCCACAACUACAGAUCCUGGCCCACCCUUCAAUCGGAGCAUUUCUAACGCAUUGUGGAUGGAACUCGACCCUGGAAGGCAUAGUCGCCGGCGUGCCGAUGAUAACGUGGCCGCUGUUCGCCGAGCAGUUCCUGAACGAAAAGUUUGUGGUGGAAGUGCUAAAAACGGCGGUGAGCGUUGGGGCGAAGUCGGUGGUGCACUUGGGCGAGGAAGACGGAUCGUCGCCGGAGGAGAGAGUCAGCCGGGAGAGCGUGAGGAGCGCCGUUCAGAGGGUGAUGAUGAUAGGUCAGGGGCAAAAUGGGAAUGCAAUGAGAGAUAGAGCUAUGAAAUUGAAAGAAGUGGCGGUGCAGGCAGUUGGGGUUGGGGGAUCUUCUCACCUCAAUCUCUCACUCUUCAUUGAAGAUAUCACAAGUAUUAUGAAGAUUUGUUGAAUGCUUUAAUUUGUAAAAUAUGUGAUUUUAAAAAAAUCAUAAUUUAUAAUUUAUCUACUUUGUAUUUUUUAAAUGUACUUCUAUCUCUACAUUAAAAAGAUUUUAAAUUA